UGGCGGCUCCGCCCUCAGCCUUUGAGCUCGGGGUUCUGAUUUGGAGGGCCCGGGGCCGGACCCAUGGACUCUGCCGAGGUGGAGUUCCUGGCCGAGAAGGAGAUGGUCACCAUCAUCCCCAAUUUCAGCCUGGACAAGAUCUACCUCAUCGGGGGAGAUCUGGGACCUUUUAAUCCUGGUUUACCUGUGGAAGUACCUCUUUGGCUGGCAAUGAACCUGAAACAGAGACAGAAGUGUCGAGUGAUUCCUCCUGAAUGGAUGGAUGUUGAAAAGUUGGAGGAGAUACGAGAUCAAGAGAGAAAGGAGGAAACCUUUACCCCAAUGCCUAGUCCUUACUACAUGGAACUUACCAAAUUGUUGUUAAAUCAUGCUUCGGAUAACAUCCCCAAGGCAGAUGAGAUCCGGACCCUGAUUAAGGAUAUGUGGGAUACUCGAAUAGCUAAACUCCGGGUGUCUGCAGACAGUUUUGUCAAACAGCAGGAAGCACAUGCCAAGCUGGAUAACCUAACUUUGAUGGAGAUCAACACGACUGGAGCAUUCCUCACAGAAGCCCUAAAUCAUAUGUACAAACUCCGCACAAACCUCCAUCCUGCAGAGAGUGCUCAGUCUCAGGACUUUUAGAGGAAAACAUUGUAGCAAGAGAGACCCCAUCAAGUUUUGUUAAGACUGAGGGUAGGCAGCGGAGAGGAGGCUAGUUUGGUACCUUGCCCACUUUUCAGGAAUGGACUUGCUAUAAUUGGGAAGUUCUUAGAAUGUCAAGAGCACAUGUUGAUGACGAAGGGCAGAGUGUCACCCUUUCCUUUUCAGUAAGAGAAGCAACAGGUGUGAGACUGAAUAUUAAUCUUCAGGCCUCCUCUCACUUUCAGAGGAUGUCUUUGGGCCCACAUCUAUUUUGAGUAGCCCUGUUUCGAAACAGUUUCUUCUCCCUGGAGAUUCCAUUCACCACCCACCUCCCACCCCUCACUCUAUUCUGCUGAAAUGAAUGGUGGUACAGCGUUUAGAUAUUGUCGGCUCAAGGUUUUUGAAUUUACCCUUUCCUUACCAGCAGGAUGUAGUUUCUCGUUUUCAUAAGAUACCAGUGGCACAAUAAUGAAGGUGUGAUUUAGAAUUUCAUUCUGCCUACUUUGUUUCAUUUUCUACUGGCCUAACAUCAUCUUAACAAUUUUACUGUUGAGUUAGACUUAGAGAGAUGGUACAUUGGGACAGUCUCAUUGGAUUGUUACUGAUGUUCAUGUUUCGUGGUUUGCUUAGGCUCUUUCUGGUGAAACAUGUAGACUGAAUCAACCCCAGAAAUGGUACAAUGGUUUGGGGGUUUUUGCCCAGUAUUACAGUAACAGUAGUCACUUGGCUGUUGUGAAUUGCACACAAAACACUUGGUCGGUUGUUUGCCAAUAAACUUGUAAAGUGUUCUGUCUGUUUGGA